ACCUACUAUCCACUGUCUCCCUGGCUGUCAAUAGCACAACAGCUGAUUACAACAAAACCCUGCAGUGUGUUGUGCAGGAGAUGCACAAUGACAUUGCAAUGGAUUUCUUUUGCUUCUUCUUACCUCUUCUUUUGGCUCUGAUGAUCCACACUACACAUUCAGCUCCUGAUUUUUCUGUAUAUCUUCUCACAAUCCUGAAGAACCACACGGCUCAUGCGUGUGAAGGAGACUCACUCAUCAUUGAGUGUCCCUCCAGGACGUCUGUGACCGUCCUAUCAGCUUUCUAUGGACGACGUAUUCCUAACCAGCAUUUAUGCCCCUCUGCAAACUCGAAUAUAACUGUGGAGGAGGACACAGAAUGCUCUUCCCCAGUUGCUGUGGAGGUACAUAAAGCCAUGCUUUCUGAAAGCCCUCUGCCUUCCUCAAAAUGUGCUCAUGACUCACGGGGCAGAUUACAGAAGUCAGAAUGUGUUUUCUCGCCCUUGCAGAAAGUGCUGUCAGAGUGUCAGGAUCGCCAGUCCUGUCACAUCCCUGUGUUCAGUCCAGUGUUUGGACGGGACCCCUGUCCCCUCACCACCAAGUACCUUCUGGUCUCCUACAAGUGCAGACCAGAGCAUCACCGCACAAGGUUGGUGUGUGAAAAUGAGCGUCUGAGGCUGAUGUGUAAAAAUGAGACUGUCCUCACCAUCUACUCUGCCACGUUUGGACACCUGCUGCAUGGCAGUCCUUACUGUCCCCAGGAACCUGGAUCACAUACUGACAUGGAGUGUUUGUCACCCUCGGCAUUGAGGAAGGUGUCACGCAGAUGUCAUGGCAGAUCCAACUGCUCAGUCAUGGCCGACACUCAAACCUUUGGGGACCCUUGCUUCCCCGGCACCAGGAAACACCUGCGAGUGUCCUUCACUUGUGUGCCCCGGUAUCUUCUGGAAGAUGUGGGUCGAGGGUCAACAGAUCCUUUCAUGAUCUCAGACUACACACAUGGUGGAUGGUACACUGGCCCCACCUACAGGCCUCAAAACAUGCUCUUAACCAACUCUCUGGAGAUCAUUGAACAAAUAUUGGGUCUCCCAGAACGAAUGGCUCUAUACUUUGUCUCCGGCAUCUGUGCUGGUCUGGUUUUCCUGCUCUGCUUGUUUGGUCUGCGCUCCACUCUAGUGAGGGAUGUGAAAGAUCUGUUUUCUGAGCUGAAUGACGACCUGAAAGCAUCUCGCAGACAGCGCAAGGAGCUCAUGGAAGACCUCUUUGACAAUGACAUCUCAGACACGUCAUCCUUCUGUCGCCUCACGCAAUCAUGCCGCACAACAGACAUCUUCAGUCCUUCCAGUUUGACAGUAGAGAUGGUCAGUCGUGAGGUGGAACAGACGAGAGAUCUGCCCAAUGGUGACAUUUGGCCACAUCGAGAUUCAAGCCCUUAUGCUAUUCAUAAGAUCAAAACCUAUAACAUUUGAGAGAAGUUGCACAAAUGAGUGAAACUGUCACUAAAGCAUCCGUCUGUUGUGAAAUUUAAGUUGUGGAGUGUAAUGACAUAUUCAUUUUACUUGUACAACAAUUUAACUAACUGGGCCUCCAUAUUUAUGUUCAUUCAGGGACAUUUGACUUAAUUAAAAAGUAAAAUACAUGAAAUCUUAAUGCACUAGCUUAAUUACAAUCAUCAUUAAGAUUAACAUCACACAAUUUGUUCUUUUAAACUCAAAUAUGAUAGAGUUUUCUAAAAUGACAGUGAGACCAAUGAUUCAGCAGCAGUUAAUUUAGCUAAUUUUCUGCCUACACUUGUGAUGGUUCUUAGGGUGGCAUUUAAAAAUGUUGAAACAGGUACUGUAUAUUACAAAGCGAGUCAUUCUGAAUAAUAAAGAUAAUCUGAUUACAGUGUUUCUUUUGUUUGAUGCUUCGCAAUAACAAUAAAAUGCUUGAAAAGUUAAAUAACUAAUGCCCAGUGAACUGUGAACCACAGGGAAUGAAGUCCAGGGUACAAGGCACAAACCUUUAAUGAGUUCUCACAAUUGGACAUUGUCUCAUUUUAAAGGAUCACAACCAAAAUGGUUCACUGCUGGUGAAUUCUGCCAUGAAGAAGACACUAACAUUUUAUAUGUACAUAAACAGAUAAGAUGUAGUUAAAAAUCCAUCGGUGUCCAAUACCUCAACAUUGUGAAAAAUACAUGUUAUACUGCACAUUUAAAUGCAGCAAAAAAACCCCCAGCCUGCCAAAAACAAAAGAUACGCAGUGUUGGGCUUCGUGUUCAAUCUGUGGGCUACACUCCGCGACAGAAGGUGGCGUUAUCACACUCAUACUAGACGCCAACCGCCGUUAAAAAUCAGGAAGCCGAAUCCACGAAGAACGACAGAAGGAGGUGGGAAUCUACAUAGCAAACUCUCUGCAGGAGCCAAACUAGCUUACUGUGCCACAAACUGCCAGCCAUGUAGACUGACCAGUCAGAUCCCGGAACAGAAGGGAAGCCGAAUAUUUCUGUGAUUUUUUUUUUUGACCCAAUGGCGCACACUAACCAGGCUAUUUUGUUUUCUCGGCUUUGUUGAACAUUUGUGACCCCAUCCAGCUAUAACAACAACAA